AUGUUCCGUCCACAACUGCUUAGAAGAUUAAGCACCCAAACAGCCGCAUCUGCCUUGAGAACAAGAACUUCUACCUUACCAAAUGGGUUAACUGUUGCUUCUGAAGUUUUGCCAAGCACUUCUACCGCGAGUGUUGGUAUUUUCGUAGAUGCAGGUUCAAGAGCCGACACAAAUAAAAAUAGUGGGACAGCUCAUUUUUUAGAACAUUUGGCCUUUAAAGGUACUAAAAAUAGAACACAGACAGGUAUUGAGUUGGAAAUUGAAAAUAUCGGUUCUCAUUUAAAUGCCUACACUAGCCGAGAAAAUACAGUUUACUAUGCUAAAUCUUUAAAGGAGGAUAUUCCAAAGGCCCUAGAUAUUUUAAGUGAUAUUUUAACCAGAUCAGUUUUAGAUCCAAACGCCAUUGAAAGAGAAAGGGAUGUAAUUAUUAGAGAAAGUGAAGAGGUUGAUAAAAUGUAUGAUGAAGUGGUAUUUGACCAUUUACACGAAAUUGUUUUCAAAGGUCAACCUUUGGGCAGAACAAUUUUGGGACCAAUUAAAAAUAUUAAAACUAUCCAAAGAGACGACUUGAAGGACUACAUCCAAACAAAUUAUAAAGGUGAUAGGAUGGUAUUAGUAGGAACUGGUGCAGUAGACCACGAUAAAUUAACAACAUAUGCUCAGAAAUAUUUUGGACAUUUGCCUAAAUCUGAAAAUUCUGUUCCCUUAGGAUCACCUCGUGAUAAAUUACCCGUUUUUUACGGUAGUGAGCGUAAAUUAGAAGACCUGACUUUGCCUAACACACAUAUUGCCAUUGCUGUAGAAGGUGUUUCUUGGUCUGCUGCUGAUUAUUUCACUGCAUUGUGCACACAAGCUAUUAUUGGUAAUUGGGAUAGAGCCAUGGGUGCUGGUACAAAUUCACCAUCACCUUUAGCUGUUGCAGCUGCAUCUGGUAACUCUGCUUUAGCCAACUCUUAUAUGUCUUAUUCCACUUCAUAUUGCGAUACUGGUUUGUGGGGGAUGUAUAUUGUCUUGGAUUCUAACGAGCAUAAUGCCAAACUGAUUAUAGAUGCAGUUUUGAAGGAAUGGAAAAGAAUCAUAUCUGGUAAUGUAUCUCAACAAGAAGUAGAUAGAGCAAAGGCACAAUUGAAAGCUAGUUUAUUGCUAGCUUUGGAUGGUAGUACCGCCAUAUUGGAAGAUAUCGGUAGACAAAUGGUUACCACCGGUAAAAGAUUAUCACCUGAGGAAGUCUUCAAUCAAGUGGACAAAAUAACGAAGGAUGAUAUUGUUACUUGGGCCAACUAUAGAUUAGUAAAUAAGCCCAUUUCAAUGGUGUCUUAUGGCAACGUUAAAACAGUUCCCUCUAUUGAAUACAUGAAACAAGUUUUAAAUACUUAG